GGCGGGCGAUAUGGAUCAUCACCAUUAUCAGCAUCAUCACAACUCGGCGCACCAUUAUCAUACACCUUACACCAGAGACUAUUUUCUUUACGAGUACUCAUCAGGUUCGGAAUCCGACGGUACCAGCUCGUUAAAUAGUGACUGCGAAUCUAGAAAUUGCGGAGGUUCGGGUCGCAAGAAGAGCUCUAGAUGUCACAGACAGAAGACGCAACAACGGCAAGCGGCAAAUCUAAGAGAGAGAAGGCGCAUGCAAAGCAUUAAUGAAGCAUUUGAAGGUCUCCGGGCACACAUACCAACUUUACCAUACGAAAAACGAUUGUCAAAAGUGGAUACCCUCAAACUAGCUAUAGGCUAUAUAAAUUUCCUGUCAGAACUUACAAGAGGCACGGGUCCUACAGGUAACGGAGUUACGUCGUUAAAUGUCGCCAAACUAACAACUAUUGCCGGACGUUUACACAGACCUCCAGUUCCAGUAAAAGAACAACCCAUUAAAAAAUUUAUCGUCAGAGGUGCUUUUGGAACUCCUUAUUCGUUGCAUUCAUUAUCGUGGUCAAGAGCAAAAGAAAAUUGUCCUGACAGUGCUGGAAUAAUGCGAGCAAAGAUUUGGAGACCAGAAGUAGGAUCACCACGAAAUACUGGCUCUACUUCUAGCGCCAUGGGAGCGUGCUCAACAUCUACAAGCAAGACAAUGCUAUAAUGUGUAUCAUAAUAAAAAUAUGCUUUAAAAGUUAACCAUUCUUAUGCAUAGGUAUUCAAUAAUAUUAUAUAGGUCAAUAA